GUCACAACAGUGCUGCCUUCAGCGGCAACCACGGUUAUGCUGGCUAUGACGGAGCAGGCACGACAACUGUCGGGGAGAACCAGAGGCGUCACGUCCCGCACUGGAUAGCAAAGCAUCCAUCGCCGGUCGAUCGGGUUUACCCUCCGGCACCGCGGCCAGCCUACGCAGCGUGGAGCAGUACUCGACUUUGUUUAGUUCUAGUCCAACUCCAGCUGCUUACUUAGAACGGUUCAAUUCUCUUCAAAGAAGGCGAAAGUCGUGUGAUUGAUUGUUCGAUCGCUCGUCUUCAGGUCGCAGCUAUCGCUAUUCUUAGAAGAAAACGUUUUGAAUCUCCAUCUCCAAGAAUACGCAGGUAAAACAGCGGUGGCGGGGCAAGAUAUGCAUUUCGUGCAAUACCGGGCGAGGCAUGGAGGUGCCGAGGGAGGCGCGCCUCCGCCGCAUCCCAAGCGCCGUGGAAAACGAGGAGCAGCAGUUCGGCCACACUCUUGGAGUCGCACUGGCAUCCAUGGCAACCACGCUUCGGUCCCUUUCUCUUUGUCGACACCGCUUGCAGCGCGACCCCCGACCCAAAGUGGAGGUGGUCUGCGGUCGGGCGGCUCGAGCAACAAAUUGUACCCAACCGCUCCCCAAAGUGGCAGACGAAUACCCAGAACGGGCGGUGGUGGUCCAACGUGGUCCUCGCAGCAGCAACAUCCAUCGUGUUCCAAAGGAACGAAUUCCAAUUCUUGGGGUGUGGCCGCUGCUUCGAACCACGGAGUCGAGGGACACCAGUACCCACCGGGAAGUCGCGGGCCAUCGCCGUGGCAUCUACCGAGCCCAAUUAGCCCCGCCUGCAGUCUCGUUUCAGAUUAUCCUGAGCGACGCAUUGCCGCCGGUGGGCGGCAAGUUUUUUCGCCAGUUUACUCUGAUUCGUGGACGUCGGACAUGGCUUCGGAAGAUUGCCCACAAGCUCCACAGCCCUUUGCGCGGUCUCGCACUACAGGGAGCGGCGUCAAGCAUGGCGGCCCACGGUCAGGGACGGGUCAAUUGUUCUCCUCGUCAACGGCCUCAUCUCUUGACUUCCCAGUAGCUCAAGCCGCUGGAGCAGCGCUUGGGGACCACCAACAAUUCUACAGCAACCGGCACCAUCACGUGGCAGUAUCGGGAACUACUUUUCAUCAGGGCUAUGGUGCAGCCACCUCUGCACAAGGCACUACAUUAAGAGGGAUGACACAAUCGGAACACCAUCGACAUUAUUCGUCGCCAUCAGGCCAGGCGCAUUACAAUAAUUACAACAACAACCACAACUGCCUGGCGUCCUCUUCGGCAUCCACUUCUAGCUCUGCCUCUACAGGACCCAGCUACGCCCAUCAAGUGCAACACCAGUACUAUGGGUCUCAGUAUAGUAGCAGAGCCGGAGGAACCGGAGCACGAGCAGCAUGGCAAGCCCACGGUGCUAGUGGUACAGCUACGGCCACAGGAGAGGGCAAUCAUGCUCCAGCGCCGACGCACCCACAAGAGCAGCAGCUACAUCAGCAAGGGGGCGCGCCGGGACCUUCUUCCGUGUACCCAUCCGCCUCGGUUUCUACGGGAGCUGUGACGAUGUCUCCGGCUGCGUCCAGUGGGGAAGUGGCAAUUGUUUCUGCGGGGUCGAACGCUGCAGCCGUGUAUCUUCAGGGUGCAGGAGGACCCCACGGCCCACCUUGUUCAAGCAUGUGCAGCGCGGCAGCAGUUGAUAGCGAGAUGCGGCGCUUUUACGCCAUGUCCUCUGCCCCGCCAAAAUCAAUAGGGAGCCAGUCGUUUCGUGAGAAAACAGGCCUGGCAGACUCAGGCCCGGUAGUGCCGAAUAUCCGCCCGACCUACCCAACCUAAGCCAAGUCAAUACAACGAGCGGGGACGGCCACUACGCCCUCCGACAGCAGUUCUUAC